AUGAUGGACCCAGACCUCAACAAUAAGCUCGAUAGACUACUCACUCUAUUGGAAGCACAGCUAGAGCUUACCAGACAGGGUCAUCGAGAGGAACGAUUACAACGAGCUCAACUGAGCAGGGAGGAGACAAUGGACCUCUCUCACUCAGAAGACCAAGCAGGAGGAGGAGAUGAGUCUAUGAUAGGAGACCCACAUACUCCUACUCCGGCUCCACGACCAAGACGAUCAGUCUCAUUCAACCUGGAUGAGCAGGAGGACAUCAACUACGAGAAGUAUGCUUCACCUACUGGGCCAAGAUAUGUCAAGACUAAGCUGGACCCCUACAGCAGGACUAGGACGGACCCUUACCCUCUGGACCAUGAGGAGGAUACCAGCAUCAUGGCAGAGCUUAACUGGUCAAAGCCCAUCGCCACCCCCUUUCCAAAGUUCAAUCCCCGAGACAUGGAGAUCUUCAUUCUAGAAGCCGAAGCAUGGUUUAAGUUCAACCAGGUGUAUGAGCAGUCUAGGAUGAUCAAUCACAUGGGUGCUCAACUGGAAGGGACAGCAAGAGAGUGGUGGACCUCCAAGCUCUGUAUUGAUAGAGCUAGAGAAGGAAGGUUGUUCAAUGAUUGGCACUACUUCACAGAGCGACUGUCAGAGCAGUUCAACCCACGCAAUGCUAGGAUGGAGGCAUACAACAAGCUGUUGGCUCUCAGACUCACAAGUGAUGCUCCUGGUGCCACCACACGUCAUGUAGAGCGGUUCAGAGACUUGGAGGGACAGGUCAACCUAGAUGACAACGAGCUAGUGAUUGAUCUCUUCAGAGGUAGCCUCACUCGUAGCAUACAGGAGAAGUUCGAGAGGAAUCCACCUGGGAAGAGAUGGGAGUGGUAUCGAGAGGUUGAGGAGAUCGAUCGACAGAGGAUGCUACUACAGCAGUCCUCGGCUAGACACUCACUCCCAAAUGCCACGUCACCUCCACUAAGAACUGGCUCGAUCACCAUCACAAGCAACUACACAAGCAACUAUACAAAACCUAAACUGACCCCUUCCUCAUCAUCCCACCCAACCCUCGAAGCAAGGAAGCCCUGCUCCAUCAGAGACUGUCCCAGCAGGAGGGUAGACCCUCUUAGCUCUCGACCCAUGGGACCAAAGGUUAUGGUCACCACAGCAGACCCCUUCGAGGAGGCCACCGACUCAGGAGAUGGCCACACAGGCAGCACUGAGAUGGGUGACCCCGAGGCCAUGGACCUCAGCUCAUACCAGCAACCCAUGGACCUCGACCAUGAGGAGGAGGAGCAUGAUGAUGAUGACGAUGAGGGAAAUGUCAGUGGGGUGAUGCACUGA